AACACCUUUUGUUCCUGAUCAGGCACCUGAGGUCAUUUCUUUUGACUGAACACUCAUACUGUAGGGGUCUGUUCCGGCUUCAGUGAAAAGAGACAAAAAAUAAUCAAGAGAUCAGAAGACUUCAAAUAUCAAAUAUCCUCCAGUAAAGGCUGGAGGACAAAAGGACUCAGUCAUGGUGGUUUUAAGAAAGGGAGACUAUGUGUGGGUGGACUGCAGUGAUGGGGUCCAAAUCGGAGCUGAAGUCAGACUUUCAGACACUGGACAACUUCAGCUCAUCGACGAUGAGGGAAAGGAGCACAAGAUUAAGAAGGACAACUCCCUGAAGCCCAUGCAUCCCACGUCAGCGAAUGGUGUGGAUGACAUGAUAAGGCUGGGUGACCUAAAUGAGGCCGGACUGUUACGGAACCUUCUAGUGCGCUACAAAGAAGGAACAAUCUAUACAUACACAGGGUCGAUUCUGGUGGCAGUGAACCCUUACCAGCUGCUGCCAAUCUACACUCCAGAGCAGGUGGAGCAGUACACAGACCGGCGGUUGGGUGAUCUCCCCCCACAUGUCUUUGCCAUCGCAGACAGCUGUUUCUUCAACAUGCGACGGAACCGCAAAGACCAGUGCUGCAUCAUUAGCGGCGAGUCUGGAGCAGGAAAAACAGAAAGCACCAAGCUGAUCCUGCAGUUUCUGGCGGCUAUCAGCGGGCAGCACUCCUGGAUCGAGCAGCAGGUGCUGGAGGCCAACCCUAUCCUCGAAGCCUUCGGGAACGCCAAGACCAUCCGCAACGACAACUCCAGCCGCUUCGGGAAGUACAUCGACAUCCACUUCAACAAACGAGGGGCCAUCGAAGGAGCCAAGAUCGAGCAGUACCUUCUGGAGAAGUCCCGAGUGUGUCGACAGGCUCGUGAUGAGAGAAACUACCACAUUUUCUACUGUAUGCUGAAGGGAAUGACGUCUGAGCAGAAGAAGAAGCUGGGCUUGGGUAAAGCCACAGACUACACCUACCUUACCAGUGUGAGUAACGCUCUUUAA